AUGGGAGCCACCACCCUCCUCAUCCUCGACAUCCAAAAUGGGAUCAUCAACAACUUCGACCAGUCCAUCACAGAGCCAUACCUACAACGCCUGGUCAAAACCAUCGCCGCAGCUAGAUAUGGGUCUAUCAAUAUCAUCCACGUCGUUACAGCCUUCCGCCAAGGUUACCCAGACAUCCAUUCACUGAAUGCAUCAUCCAGCCCAAUCACGGCCACUGGCAAAUACCAAGAGGGUAGCGCCGAUGUCCAGAUCCACCCAGCUGUAAAUCCUCUCCCAACAGAGCCGAUUGUCACCAAACGCCGAGUUUCAGCAUUUGUUGGCACCGAUCUGGAUCUUCUUCUCCGCUGCUCGGCUACGGACCAUCUGGUCGUGGCGGGAAUCGCGACUAGCGGUGCCGUCCUCUCAACCAUUCGCCAGGCACAGGAUCUGGACCUCCACAUUACUGUCUUGCGGGAUCUGUGCUUGGACCGUGAUGAAGAGGUUCACCGUGUUUUGAUCGAUAAGGUCUUUGGACGGAAGACGGAUGUCUUCAAUGCGGAGGAGUGGGUGGAUCGGAUCAAGGGACAGGCGUCUUCUUAA